AUGAAACUCUCGACCUCCAUCUUCGCACUCGUGGCCGCCGUUGUGUCGAUGGCCGUGCUCCAAGUUCCAGCCCAGCAGGCUGGAACCAGCACCCCGGAAGUGCACCCUUCUCUGGCGUCCAAGCAAUGCUCCAAGGCUGGUGGUUGCGUGAUGGAAGCCACAUCGGUCGUGCUGGAUGCCAACUGGCGCUGGCUGCACCAGGUCGGCGACUACAAGAACUGCUACUCGGGGAACCAGUGGGACGCCACGCUGUGCUCGACUCCGGAAGCUUGCGCCAAGAAUUGCGCUCUCGAAGGCGCCGACUAUCAAGGAACCUACGGCAUCACGACGUCUGCUGACGAGCUGCAGCUGAAGCUGGUGACGCAGACUCAGUACGGUGCGAACGUCGGCUCUCGCGUGUACCUCCUCGACGCCGCGGGCUCCAAGUACAAGCAAUUCAAGCUGUUGAACCAGGAGUUCACUCUCGACGUGGACGUAUCGAAGCUGCCCUGCGGACUCAAUGGCGCCCUCUACUUCGUGCAGAUGGACGCUGACGGAGGCAGCGGUAGCUUCCCGACCAACAAGGCUGGCGCGAACUACGGCACGGGCUACUGCGACGCGCAGUGUCCGCACGACAUCAAGUUCAUCAACGGCGAGGCCAACACGCUGGAAUGGGGUGCCACGAGCCAAAACUCCGGCGGCGGCAAGUACGGAGCCUGCUGUGCUGAGCUCGACAUUUGGGAGGCCAACAGCAUGAGCAACGCCUUCACGUCGCACCCGUGCACGUCGGACGGACUCAAGCGCUGCUCGACUCCGGAGGAAUGCGGCAACGGCAACGGGAAUCGCUACAAGGGCGUCUGCGAUAAGGAUGGCUGCGACUUCAACCCGUUCCGAAUGGGCAACCAGACCUUCUACGGCCCCGGAUCGCAGUUCACCAUCGACUCCACCCGCAAGUUCACGAUCAUCACGCAGUUCUUGACCAGCGACAACACUGCAACCGGCGACCUGGUGGAGAUCCGACGCUUGUUCAAGCAGGACGACCGCGUCGUGUCAGUGCCCAACAGCGUCUACCCUGAUCUGGCUUCGGCCAACUCGAUCACCGACAGCAUGUGCGAGGCGUCCAAGAAGCUCUUCGGUGAUCAGAACGACCAUGCCGCCAAGGGUGGGCUGGCGCGCAUGGGCAAGCAAAUGGCGAACGGUAUGACGCUCGCCAUGAGCCUCUGGUCGGACCACGCCGCCUACUGCCUCUGGCUCGACAGCAGCUACCCCGCUGAAGCGGACCCGUCAAAGCCCGGCGUCAAGCGCGGCACGUGCCCGACGUCGGGUGGCCGUCCUGCUGAUGUGGAAGCGCAGCACCCGGAUGCCACCGUCAAGUUCAUGAACAUCCGCGUCGGCGACAUCGGCUCCACCUACUAGGUGCUAGUGCCGGACACAAAGGCAGCUUGCAGUCUCGAAUGCCUGAUCAGAUUUACCUGCCAGGUUUGUAGUGUGAGGUGGUUAUUCAAGCCAUGCUCACACACAUUGGGGUCUUGCAGUCCAUUACCCCAGCUGGCAUGGACUUCGUGAAGAGUCAACUAGGAGUUGGGGAGAACUAUCUGUAGAAGAGAACAAUCCGUAGAAGAGCAGAAAUCUAGAAGUAGACACUGACAGGCAUGAGCGCUGGGGCAAGCAUGCUAUGAUUCCCCACUUUUGAAUCUACUCGGCGAUCAACACUUU